AUGUCGGACAGGACGGCCGCCACGGCAACGUUUGAGGCUACACUGGAUGAUUUAUUUCGUGGAGUUUGGCUUCCUCCAGGAUUACCCACUCCGAAGAAUGGAUUCGAACGGCCAGAGUCAUCAACUCCAUCCGGUGCAAAUUCCAGCAACAGUUGCGCUUCUUUCGUUACCCAAACGGAGAAUUCGUUUGUUAGUUCAUCGGUGAACUCAUCUACAGCUUUUCGUUUUUCGCCCACUACAAGCGAUCAAACCGGCCCUAUUCGGAAUCAUCAGCAUCAGCCGUUGGGAUUUGACGAAGCUGUUGGGAUCCUCGCACAACUGUUUGACGCAGUUGCUGAACUGGAAGCACAUGGAAUUGCGCAUCGCGAUAUCAAACCGAACAAUAUUCUCUUACGCCGUCGUCUACCCUCCAGUUCAACUCGCCGAACCUCUGAUUCCCUGAAAAAGGCGAGGACCACCGCCGCUUCUGCUGCAAGGAUUCAGUGGCUCGAUGAUGAGGAAAUCUUAGCCUCAAACACCCGGUUCCACGUUGCCAUUACUGAUUUUGGAUGUGCCAUCCGGUUCCCGCGCCAACCGAGUCCGACCGCUGCAUCUGACAAGUUCAGCUUCAGUCUUCAACGUUUUUUCGACCAAGUGUUCUCACUGCGAACACUGGACGCGAAUCCGGCUCUCCUUGCGCACAGUGGGAACUUUGCAUUUCUUGCACCGGAAAUAGCUGUGUGCUUGUCGGACAGUAAUACGGGCAAAGAUCAACUCUUGUCGUCUAUUUAUGCCAAAGCCGAUCUUUGGGCCGUUGCCACCUUGGCCUAUCCGUUAUUCGGGAUGACGAACCCGUUCACAGAUGGGACUCUGGACUCAGCUACCUAUAAUGAAGGAGAUCUCCCUCCAUUCGACCCUCAAGUUCCCGGUGUAAUUACUUGGGUAGUUUCCCAAUGUCUCAAUCGGGCACCAUGCUCGCGACCACCAGCUGACUUUGUGGCUGACGUGCUACACACUUGGUGCCUCCUGAGGCACACUCAUCGUCGUGCUCUUUUUCGCAAGCUUCCGUCCAACGCCACCAUCCCUCACUCCGGCGUUCCCUUUUCUGCGGGCAGUCAUGCUACUCCCGCUUUGAGAAGCUUGAUCCAGAAUAUACAAUGUAAGGUGAGAUGGCUCAAGUGGUUAGAGCGCGAAUUUAUUGACCAGAAGGUCCGUGGUUCAAACCCGACCUCUGCCUCUCGACUUCCCCUGUCUAGGCUUGGGCGACCUGGCAGUAUCCCAGCCCUCGUGCUUCUUUCGGGUAGCAGCUAG